AUGAUGAACGAAGAUGCAGCUCAGAAAAGCGACAGUGGAGAGAAGUUCAAUGGCAGUAGCCAGCGGAAAAAAAGACCCAAGAAGUCGGAUAGCAAUGCAAGUUUCCUCCGAGCAGCCAGAGCAGGCAAUCUGGACAAAGUAGUGGAGUACCUGAAGGGCGGCAUAGACAUCAACACCUGCAAUCAGAAUGGGCUCAACGCUCUCCAUCUGGCUGCCAAGGAGGGUCAUGUGGGGCUGGUUCAGGAGCUGUUGGGAAGAGGGUCCUCUGUGGAUUCUGCUACUAAGAAGGGAAAUACUGCUCUUCACAUUGCAUCUUUGGCUGGACAAGCAGAAGUCGUCAAAGUUCUUGUUAAGGAAGGAGCCAAUAUUAAUGCCCAGUCUCAGAAUGGCUUCACUCCUUUAUACAUGGCUGCCCAAGAGAACCACAUUGAUGUUGUCAAAUACUUGCUGGAAAAUGGAGCUAAUCAGAGCACUGCUACUGAGGAUGGCUUUACCCCCCUAGCUGUGGCCCUCCAGCAAGGACACAACCAGGCAGUGGCCAUCCUCUUGGAGAAUGACACCAAGGGGAAAGUGAGGCUACCAGCUCUGCAUAUUGCAGCCAGGAAAGAUGACACCAAAUCUGCCGCACUUCUGCUUCAGAAUGAUCACAAUGCUGACGUACAAUCUAAGAUGAUGGUGAAUAGGACAACCGAGAGUGGUUUUACCCCUUUGCAUAUAGCUGCACACUAUGGAAAUGUCAAUGUGGCUACCCUUCUUCUAAACCGGGGAGCUGCUGUGGACUUCACAGCCAGGAACGGAAUCACUCCUCUGCAUGUGGCUUCCAAAAGGGGAAACACAAACAUGGUGAAACUCUUAUUGGAUCGUGGUGGUCAGAUCGAUGCCAAAACUAGGGAUGGGUUGACCCCACUUCACUGUGCUGCACGCAGUGGUCAUGACCAAGUGGUGGAACUUCUCCUGGAACGAGGUGCUCCUUUGUUGGCAAGGACUAAGAAUGGGCUGUCUCCACUUCACAUGGCUGCACAAGGGGAUCAUGUGGAAUGUGUGAAGCACCUGCUACAGCACAAGGCGCCUGUUGAUGAUGUCACCCUAGACUACUUGACGGCCCUCCAUGUUGCUGCACACUGUGGUCACUACCGAGUAACUAAACUCCUUCUGGACAAGAGAGCCAAUCCGAAUGCAAGAGCCCUGAAUGGUUUUACUCCACUGCACAUUGCCUGCAAGAAAAACCGCAUCAAAGUCAUGGAACUGCUGGUGAAAUAUGGGGCUUCAAUCCAAGCUAUCACAGAGUCUGGCCUCACACCAAUACAUGUGGCUGCCUUCAUGGGCCACUUGAACAUUGUCCUCCUUCUGCUGCAGAACGGAGCCUCUCCAGAUGUCACUAACAUUCGUGGGGAGACUGCACUGCACAUGGCAGCCCGAGCGGGGCAGGUGGAAGUUGUCCGAUGCCUCCUGAGAAAUGGCGCCCUUGUUGAUGCUAGAGCCAGGGAAGAACAGACGCCUUUGCAUAUUGCUUCCCGCCUGGGUAAGACAGAAAUUGUCCAGUUGCUUCUACAACAUAUGGCUCAUCCAGAUGCGGCCACUACAAAUGGGUACACGCCACUGCACAUCUCUGCCAGGGAGGGCCAGGUAGACGUGGCAUCAGUCCUCUUAGAAGCAGGAGCGGCCCACUCCUUGGCUACCAAGAAGGGCUUUACUCCACUGCAUGUAGCAGCCAAGUAUGGAAGCUUGGAGGUGGCAAAACUUCUCUUGCAACGCCGCGCUGCCGCAGAUUCUGCAGGGAAGAAUGGCCUUACCCCGCUCCAUGUUGCUGCUCAUUAUGACAACCAGAAGGUGGCGCUGCUGUUACUGGAGAAGGGUGCUUCCCCUCAUGCCACUGCCAAGAAUGGCUAUACUCCCUUGCAUAUUGCUGCCAAGAAGAAUCAAAUGCAGAUAGCUUCCACACUCCUGAACUAUGGUGCAGAAACUAACAUUGUGACAAAACAAGGAGUAACUCCACUGCAUCUGGCCUCACAGGAGGGACACACAGAUAUGGUCACCUUACUUCUGGAUAAGGGAGCCAAUAUCCACAUAUCAACCAAGAGUGGACUCACAUCUUUACACCUUGCAGCCCAGGAAGAUAAAGUGAAUGUCGCUGAUAUACUUACCAAGCACGGAGCUGAUCAAGAUGCUCAUACAAAGCUUGGUUACACUCCAUUAAUUGUGGCCUGUCAUUACGGAAAUGUGAAAAUGGUCAACUUUCUUCUGAAGCAGGGAGCAAAUGUCAACGCAAAAACCAAGAACGGCUACACUCCUUUACACCAGGCUGCCCAGCAGGGCCACACGCACAUCAUUAACAUCCUUCUCCAGCACGGGGCCAAGCCCAAUGCCACCACUGCGAAUGGCAACACCGCCCUGGCAAUUGCUAAGCGUCUGGGUUACAUCUCCGUGGUCGACACCCUGAAGGUUGUAACUGAGGAGGUCACCACCACCACCACGACAAUCACUGAAAAACAUAAGCUGAAUGUUCCUGAGACGAUGACUGAGGUUCUUGAUGUUUCUGAUGAAGAGGAGUACUUGGACCUUCGAUCCUUCAGUUCCGACAGGUCUCACACCCUGAGCCAUGCCUCCUACAUGAGAGACAGUGCCAUGAUCGAUGACACAGUUGUGAUCCCCAGUCACCAGGUGUCAACUCUGGCCAAGGAAGCAGAAAGGAAUUCUUAUCGUCUAAGCUGGGGCACUGAGAACUUAGACAACGUGGCUCUUUCUUCUAGCCCUAUUCAUUCAGGUUUCCUGGUUAGUUUUAUGGUGGACGCCCGAGGUGGUGCUAUGAGAGGAUGCAGACACAAUGGGCUCCGAAUCAUUAUUCCCCCUCGGAAAUGUACUGCCCCAACCCGAGUCACCUGCCGACUGGUCAAACGCCAUAGACUGGCAACCAUGCCUCCAAUGGUGGAAGGAGAAGGCCUAGCCAGUCGCCUGAUUGAAGUUGGACCUUCUGGUGCUCAGUUCCUUGGUAAACUUCACCUGCCAACGGCUCCUCCCCCACUUAAUGAGGGAGAAAGUUUGGUCAGCCGCAUCCUUCAGCUGGGGCCUCCUGGAACCAAAUUCCUUGGGCCUGUGAUUGUGGAGAUCCCUCACUUUGCGGCUCUUCGAGGGAAGGAGCGGGAGCUAGUGGUCCUGCGCAGUGAGAAUGGCGACAGCUGGAAAGAGCAUUUCUGUGAAUACACUGAAGACGAGUUGAAUGAAAUCCUCAAUGGCAUGGAUGAAGUGCUGGAUAGCCCAGAAGAUCUAGAAAAGAAACGAAUCUGCCGCAUCAUCACCCGUGACUUCCCACAGUACUUUGCAGUGGUGUCUCGUGUCAAACAGGACAGUAACCUGAUUGGUCCAGAAGGAGGAGUGCUCAGUAGCACAGUGGUACCCCAGGUGCAGGCUGUCUUCCCAGAGGGAGCACUAACCAAACGGAUCCGUGUAGGCUUACAGGCUCAACCUAUGCACAGUGAACUGGUUAAGAAGAUCUUAGGCAACAAAGCUACCUUCAGCCCUAUAGUCACUUUGGAACCUAGAAGAAGAAAAUUCCACAAGCCAAUUACCAUGACCAUUCCUGUACCCAAAGCUGCAAGUGAUGUCAUGUUGAAUGGUUUUGGGGGUGAUGCACCAACCUUAAGAUUACUAUGCAGUAUAACAGGUGGAACCACCCCUGCUCAGUGGGAAGAUAUUACAGGAACUACGCCAUUAACAUUUAUCAAUGAGUGUGUUUCCUUUACAACCAACGUGUCUGCCAGGUUCUGGUUGAUAGAUUGUCGACAGAUCCAGGAAUCCGUUACCUUUGCAUCACAAGUGUAUAGAGAGAUUAUCUGUGUGCCCUAUAUGGCCAAAUUUGUAGUGUUUGCCAAAUCACAUGACCCCAUUGAAGCUAGGUUGAGAUGUUUCUGCAUGACUGAUGAUAAAGUGGAUAAGACCCUUGAACAGCAAGAAAACUUUGCUGAGGUGGCCAGAAGCAGGGAUGUGGAGGUAUUAGAAGGAAAGCCCAUCUAUGUUGACUGUUUUGGCAACCUGGUACCAUUAACCAAGAGUGGCCAACAUCAUAUAUUCAGUUUUUUUGCCUUUAAAGAAAACAGACUUCCUCUCUUUGUCAAGGUACGUGAUACAACUCAGGAACCUUGUGGACGACUGUCAUUUAUGAAGGAGCCAAAAUCCACAAGAGGUCUGGUGCAUCAAGCUAUUUGCAACUUAAACAUCACUCUACCAAUUUAUAUGAAGGAGUCAGAGUCAGAUCAAGAACAGGAAGAAGAGAUCGAUAUGACAUCAGAAAAAAAUGAUGAGACAGAAUCUACAGAAACAUCUGUCCUGAAAAGUCACCUGGUAAAUGAAGUUCCUGUUCUAGCAAGUCCGGAUUUGCUUUCUGAAGUUUCUGAGAUGAAACAAGAUUUGAUCAAAAUGACCGCCAUCUUGACCACUGACGUGUCUGAUAAGGCAGGCUCUAUUAAAGUGAAGGAACUGGUGAAGUCGGCUGAGGAAGAGCCAGGAGAGCCUUUUGAGAUUGUUGAAAGAGUUAAAGAGGACUUAGAGAAAGUGAAUGAAAUCUUGAGAAGUGGAACUUGCACAAGAGAUGAAGGCAGUGUGGAGAGGUCUCAGUCAGAGAGAGGGUUAGUGGAAGAGGAAUGGGUUAUUGUCAGUGAGGAAGAAAUAGAAGAGGCUAAGCAAAAGGCACCUUUAGAAAUUACAGAAUAUCCAUGUGUAGAGAUCAGAUUAGGCAAAGAGGCCAAAGUAAAAGUAGAAAAAGACUCAGCUGGGUUAGUGAACUACCUUAUUGAUGAUCUAAAUUCAUAUGGGAGUCGUCACAAAAUACAACCUCAGACAGUUCAAGAUAUGCCAGGAGAGAAACGUAAGGCUUCUGCUAUUAGCAAGAGUUCUGAAAAUAAAGGGAAAGCUGCGCCCCCAGAUGAGUCACCUAGUGCACAGGAACAGCACAAACCAAGCCUGGGAAUCAAGAAGCCGGUGCGAAGGAAAUUAAAAGAAAAGCAGAAGCAAAAGGAGGAAAGUUUACAAACUGGUAUAGAUAAAGCUGAACUUAAAAAAUGUAGUUCAGAGGAGUCGUUAGAUGAAGACCCAGGUUUAACGCCUGAACCCCUUCCUACUGCAAAGGCCACAUCUCCUUUGAUAGAAGAAACUCCCAUCGGUUCCAUAAAGGACAAGGUCAAGGCCCUUCAAAAACGAGUGGAAGAUGAGCAGAAAGGCCGAAGCAAAUUGCCUGUCAGAGUCAAAGGCAAAGAGGAUGUGCCAAAAAAGACCAUCCACAGGACACAUCCCACAGGAUCACCUUCUCUGAGGGCAGAAAAGCAUACACCAGCAUCACCUUCCUCUAAAACAGAAAGGCACAGUUCUCUGUCCACUUCUGCAAAAACUGAAAAGCAUCCUCCCAUGUCAUCAUCAAGUAAAACUGACAGACACUCACCAGUGUCACCCUCUGCAAAAACUGAAAGGCAUGCACCUGUGUCAUCAUCAAACAAAACUGAGAAACACUCACCUGUAUCACCCUCUACAAAAGCAGACAGACAUUCUCCUGGGUCACCUUCUACAAAAGCAGAAAGACAUGCACCUGUAUCACCUUCAGGUAAAACAGACAAACGUCCACCAGCGUCACCCUCUGGGAGAACAGAGAGACAUUCACCAGUAUCACCCGGAAGGACAGAGAAACGAUUGCCUGUAUCACCCUCUGCAAGAAUGGAAAAGCAUCUACCUGUCUCAACUUCUGGGAAAACUGAGAAGCACCUGGUUGUGUCACCUUCAGGCAAAACAGAUAAGCAACCACCUGUCUCCCCCACCUCAAAAACAGAAAGAAUUGAGGAGACAAUGUCUGUUCGGGAAUUGAUGAAAGCCUUCCAGUCAGGUCAGGACCCAUCUAAACAUAAGACUGGACUCUUUGAGCACAAAUCAGCAAAACAAAAGCCACCACAAGAAAAAGGCAAAGGCCGGGUAGAAAGAGAAAAGGUUCAGAUGAUAACCCAGAGAGACACACAGAAAAUAGAGAGUCAGACAAUCAAACGAGGCCAGAGAUUUUUAGUAACAGGAGCCACAGACUCCAAAAGAGUGGUACGAGCUUCCUCUAUCGGGUUGAAGAGAGAAGAUAUAGGUGCAGAAAAGGAAAAAGCUCUCAGUCACAAAACAUCUGAGCCUGUUCAGUCAGCACCCCAAGAAGAAAGCCACAAAGAGAGUGAGGUCCCCAAAGAAAAGAUCGCUGAUGAACAAGAAGAUCUCCAGAUCAGCCCAGAUAGGAAAACCUCCACUGACUUUUCUGAUGUCAUUAAGCAAGAGUUAGAGGACAAUGACAAAUACCAACAAUUCCGCCUAAAUGACGAGACUGAAAAGGCACAGCUUCACUUAGACCAAGUACUCACUAGCCCUUUCAACACAACAUUUCCACUCGAUUAUAUGAAAGAUGAAUUUCUUCCAGCACUGUCUUUACAGAACAAUGUUUUAGAUGGCAGUUCUGAAAGCUUAAAGCAUGAAGGGAUAGCAGAUUCCCCAUCUGGUAGCCUGAUGGACGGGACCCCUCAGAUUAGUUCCGAAGAAAGCUAUAAACAUGAGGGCCUAGCAGAGACUCCCGAGACAAGCCCAGAAAGUCUUUCUUUCUCACUAAAGAAAAGUGAUCAACAAAUUGGGGAAACAAAGGAAGCUACCAAAUUAGAAACACCAACAGAAAGUCAUUCAGAAAAAGAGCAUCCCGCAACCAAAUUCAUUAGUGAUGGUUCUGAAGAGCAACAUGCUGCAAUCCCUGAGGGCACAGAUCCCUCUGUUCUAACUGAGACCAUCCUAGACCCAUCUGAAGACACAUGCCUCAAGCAAGAUUUCCCUGGCAGGGGUAGUGUAUCAUUAGCAGAAGAAAUACCCAAAGGACCUACUGGGGAAGCUUCCCAUGAUGAAAUUCAACUUACAAGUAGUAGCUCAGCUCAUAAGACACAAACUGAUACUGAGGUUCAAGAAUCUACAACCACUGAACCCUCAAAUGAGACAAAAACCUCAUCACUGCCUGAUGUGUUUGUAAAGACAGACUCAGGGACUGAAUCUAAGCCUCAGGGAGCCAUCAGAAGUCCCCAAGGGUUAGAACUUCCACUUCCUAGUCGUGACAGUGAAGUGCUCAGCCCUAUGGCAGAUGAAUCAUUAACAGUAAGCCACAAAGACUCUCUGGAAGCCAGUCCUGUUCUAGAAGACAACUCCUCACACAAAACUCCUGAUUCUCUAGAGCCAAGUCCUCUGAAAGAAUCCCCUUGCCGUGAUUCUCUUGAAAACAGCCCGGUUGAAGCAAAAACGAAGGCUGGAAUUCUCCCAAGUCACUUCCCCCUUCCUGCAGCCAUCACCAAAGCAGAACUCUUUACAGAAGUGACCUCCAUGCGCUCCCGACUGCUCCGCGACCCUGAUGGCAGUGCUGAGGAUGACAGUCUUGAGCAGACGUCACUUGUGGAGAGCUCAGGGAAGAGCCCCCUUUCUCCUGACACACCCAGCUCGGAAGAAAUUAGCUAUGAGGUCACACCCAAAGCCACAGAUCAAAACACACCAAAACCAGCUGUGAUUCACGAAUGUGCAGAGGAGGAUGACUUAGAAAAUGGGGAGAAAAAGAGGUUCACCCCUGAAGAGGAAAUGUUUAAAAUGGUAACCAAAAUCAAAAUGUUUGAUGAGCUGGAACAGGAAGCAAAGCAAAAGAGAGACUAUAGGAAAGAACCCAAGCAGGAAGAAUCUUCAUCUUCUGACCCAGAUGCUGACUGUUCAGCAGACUUGGAUGAACCAAAGCAUAUGGAGGCUAUAGGGGAUGAAACUGAUGUGCCUGUAGUAGUGACAUCAGAGAGUCGCAAGGCUUCUUCCUCCUCAGAAAGUGAACCUGAGCUGACACAUCUGAAAAAAGGUGCUGAUUCGGGCCUAUUGGAAGAACCAGUUAUUCGAGUCCAACCUCCUUCACCGCUUCCAUCUAGCAUGGAUUCUAAUUCCAGUCCUGAAGAAUUACACUUCCAGCCUAUAGUUUCUAAACAAUAUACUUUCAAGAUGAAUGAAGACAUUCCAGAAGAGCCAGGUAAAUCAGCAGAUGGAAAAGACUGUGAAUCCCAUUUGCCUGAAGAUACUCAUAAUACAUCUACUAAUAGUUCAGAUCUGUCUUCUGAUGAUCUAAACAGAGACAGUGACCAGCCUAAAAUCUGUGAUGGCCACGGCUGUGAGGCUAUAAGCCCUAGCAGCUCAGCCACUCCGGUCUGUUCAGGUCUCCAGAGGUCAACUGUAGAUGAUGUCGAUGAGGAGCUAAUCAUCCAUAAAGAAUCCUUAACUUUUGAAGAUAGUCACAAAAUAGACACAGAAGAUGAAGAGCUUGAUUGUUCCAAAGUGGAAUCUCUACGAGUAGAAUGCUCUAGUGAAAGCUCUUCAUCUUUGUCCUCUUUAACUCAUGGCCCAGUAUCUGAAGGGAAAGAACUAGAUGAAGAUGUAUCCUCUACACCUUCAGCUAUAAAAAUGGAGGUCACAAAAAAUGACCAAACUUUUGAAAGCUUACCAACAGAUUGUCCGACUGAAGAGGCAUACAGUAGUACGCAAACAGAUAGGUUAUCCAUGGAGAUUCCAGAGUCUGGCCCGGCUGAGAUUGAUGAAAUCUAUGAUACCCAAAUCACAAGCCCUUAUGAAAAUGUUCCUUCCCAAUCAUUUUUCUCUAGUGAAGAAAGCAGAACCCAAACAGAUGUGAGACACACCACAAGUUUUCAUUCUUCUGAAAUGUAUUCUGUUACCAUCACAUCCUCUGUUGAAAACAUAGUAGUGAAAAGCACCUCAAGUGAAACUGUUUCAAGCAAACAAUCUAAUUUUGAGAGCCAGAAUAUGGACACUGAAUCAAAACAAGAAAGUUCUGUGUGGGAAAUGCAGUCAGAAAGAGCUGCUUCAUCUGUAGAGCCUACUGUGCCAAAUGCUUCAACAGUGAAUGGUGGACAAAUAAGCAAAGUCAUUAUCACAAAAACUGAUGUGGAUUCUGAUUUCUGGAGUGAAAUCCGUGAAGAUGAUGAAGCCUUCGAGGCACGCGUGAAAGAGGAAGAGCAAAAGAUAUUUGGUUUGAUGGUAGACAGACAAUCACAGGGUACCACUCCUGACACCACCCCUGCUAGGACCCCAACAGAAGAGGGGACACCAACAAGUGAACAGAAUCCAUUUCUCUUUCAGGAAGGAAAGUUGUUUGAGAUGACUCGAAGUGGGGCCAUUGAUAUGACCAAAAGGUCCUAUGCAGAUGAAAGUUUCCACUUUUUCCAAAUUGGACAAGAAUCCACGGAAGAUGUCCUCUCUGAAGAUAUGAAAGAAGGGGCCUCUAAGACUGAGCCCCCACAGCUGGGGACAUCAGCUGAGUCACUAGCACUUUCAGAAACAAAAGAAACAGUAGAUGAUGAAGCUGACCCGAGUGAGGAAGUAGGUGAAAUAUCUGCCUCAGAUGCUCAGCUUACUUCCCAAGUGGGGAUGUCAGCUUCUCUUGAAACAUCAACAAAAGAGACCACUUCUGCAGGCACUGAGGACCUCACCACCACCGUGCAAAUGGGUGAUGCACCUCCUGCAUCCAAUAUGAAGCAGACAUCUUGCCCUGACUCCCCUGAACCAGUUGUACAAGUACAAUUAGAUUUUUCCACAGUCACCAGAUCUGUAUAUUCAGACCGGGAUGAUGAUUCUCCUGAUUCUUCCCCAGAAGAACAGAAAUCUGUGAUCGAAAUCCCUACUGCACCCAUGGAGAAUGUGCCUUCUACUGAAAGCAAAUCCAAAAUACCUAUACGGACUAUACCCGUUUCAACAUCAGCACCUCCAUCUUCAGAGUACGAGAGUUCAUUUUCUGAAGAUUUUCUGCACAGUCAUGAUGAUGAAAGUAAGGACGAUGAAACAAAACCAAAGUCCAAAAUCCCCGUCAAAGCACCCAUCCAAAGAGCCGAGCAGCAGCUUUCAGACCUUGACUCAUCUCUCCAGAGGACAGUGGCUUUUCAGGGAAUAGACACGACAAGCAAAACACCAGAUAGUAGAAGCAAAUCUGAAUCUGAUGUUAUUGCUUUGGACUCAAAAACCAAAUCUCCAGUAAACACUAGAAGUUACACUGAGGCAGAAACAGAGAGCAGAGAGGAGGCAGGGGAGCUUGAGUUAGAAUCAGAAGAAGGGGCAACAAGACCAAAGGUAUUUUCAUCUCGAUUGCCAGUUAAGAGCAGAAACACCACAUCUUCCUGCAGAGGAAGCAUGAGCCCCACAAAAGAAAGUAAGGAACAUUUCUUUGACCUUUACAGAAACUCCAUAGAAUUCUUUGAGGAGAUUAGUGAUGAGGCUUCCAAGUUAGUGGAUAGACUUACACAAUCAGAAAGGGAACAGGAAUUAGUUUCAGAUGAUGAGAGUAGUAGCGCCCUGGAAGUUUCAGUAAUUGAGAAUCUACCACCGGUUGAAACCGAGCACUCAGUUCCUGAGGACAUCUUUGACACAAGGCCCAUUUGGGAUGAGUCCAUUGAGACUCUGAUUGAGCGCAUCCCUGAUGAAAAUGGCCAUGACCAUGUUGAAGAUCCACAGGAUGAGCAGGAACGAAUCGAGGAAAGACUGGCCUAUAUUGCUGAUCACCUUGGCUUCAGCUGGACAGAAUUAGCAAGAGAACUAGAUUUCACUGAGGAGCAAAUUCAUCAAAUUCGAAUUGAGAACCCCAACUCCCUCCAAGACCAGAGUCAUGCACUGUUGAAGUACUGGCUAGAAAGAGAUGGAAAACAUGCUACAGAUACCAGCCUUAUUGAAUGCCUCACCAAGAUCAACCGAAUGGAUAUUGUUCAUCUCAUGGAGGCCAGCACGGAACCUGUCCAGGAGCGCAUCAUUCAUAGCUAUGCAGAAAUUGAACAGACCAUUACACUGGAUCAUAGUGAAGGGUUCUCAGUACUUCAAGAGGAGGUAUGCACUGCACAGCACAAGCAGAAAGAGGAGCAGCUUGUGUCUAAAGAAAGCGAAUCCUGUGACCAACCGCCCAUCGUCUCAGAGGAAGAUAUCUCUGUUGGUUAUUCCAUGUUUCAGGAUUGCAUCCCCAAAACUGAGGGGGACAGCUCAGCAGUCGAGCUCUUACCCCAAACUGAAAAGGAGCAAGUUCAACAGGAUUUCUCAGGGAAAAUGCAAGAUCUGACUGAAGAGUCAUCUCUUGAACAUCAGCAGGAAUACUUUGUUACAACCCCAGGAACAGAAGUAUCAGAGAGUCAAAAGGCUACAGUGGUAUCUAGAUCUCCCAGCAAGAUACCUGAGGAAAUUAGUACCCCUCCUGAGGAGGAGAGGUCAUACCUCCAGACCCCAGCAUCCAAUGAGCAGGGAGAUUCUCCCAUCGUACAAGAACCCGAAGAGUCCCUGGAGCAGAGAGAGGAGAGUUCUCCACGAAGAACUAGCCUUGUGAUCGUAGAGUCUGCUGAUGAGCAGCCACAAACCUUUAAAAGACCCAAUGAAGAUACAACUUUUCAAAAGGGAGAUGAUAUGCCUGACAUACCACCAGAAUCGGUCACAGAAGAAGAAUACAUUGAUGAGCACGGACACACCGUGGUGAGAAAGGUUACUAGAAAAGUCAUUAGGCGGUAUGUAUCCUCUGACGGCACUGAGAAAGAAGAGAUUACAAUGCAGGGAAGGCCACAGGAACCUGUCACCAUCGAGGAAGGGGAUGGCUAUUCCAAAGUUAUAAAGCGUGUGGUACUAAAGAGUGACACCGAGCAGUCUGAGGUAACUUUGUCUGAGCCCAGCAUUUUGUCCAGUACCUCACAAUUUCAGGCUGAACCAGUGGAAGGCCGUAGAGUCAGCAAAGUUGUUAAGACAACUAUGGUACACGGAGAGAGAAUGGAGAAACAUCUUGGGGAUUCUAGAUUAGCCAGUGAUCUUCCUUCAGCCAAAGAUGACUUUGAAGAGGCUUUGAGUUAUACAGGUAGCCACAUGAAAGUCCACUUACCCAGUUUAGUAGAAAAUGAAAUCCUGAAAGAGGAUGGAUCAAUAAUUAAAAGGACAACGUUGAGUAAAGCCAGUACCCAGAAGAGGGCUGUAGUGAAGGACCAGCAUGGGAAACACAUUCACUUGGAGCACCUGGAGGAUGUACCAGAAGCACUAGACCAGGAUGACCUCCAGCACGACCUCCAGCAACUCCUUCGGCAUUUCUGCAAGGAGGACUCAAAGCAAGAGGCCAAAUAA